CGCACGUUCGCGUCCGGGUCAACAGGUCAACGCGCCUGACUGGCGCCGCCGUAAAUGGCGCUGGUGGCGGGAAAGUUGAGUGUCUGGUUCGCCGAGCAUCCGGGGCGAUGUGUAGUGACUUCCACAGGGCGGAGUCUGGGACGGAGCUCCUUGCCCGGCUUGAAGGAAGGCGGUCCUUGAAAGAAAUAGAACCCUGUCUGUUUGUCGAUGAAGAUGAACCUGUGCAUGGUGAUAUUCUUGAAUUUCAUGGUCCAGAAGGAACAGGAAAGACAGAAAUGCUUUAUCAUUUAACAGCACGGUGCAUUCUUCCACAAUCAGCAGGUGGACUGGAAAUAGAAGUCUUAUUUAUUGAUACAGAUUACCACUUUGACCUGCUUCGGCUUGUUACAAUUCUUGAGCAUAGACUACCCCAGAGUUCUGAAGAAAUAAUAAAAUACUGCCUUGGCAGGUUUUUCCUGGUGUACUGCUGCAGUAGCAGCCAGUUGCUGCUCACACUCUACUCCCUAGAAGCCAUGUUUUGUAGUCACCCCUCUCUCUGCCUUUUGAUUUUGGAUAGCUUGUCCGCUUUCUACUGGAUAGACCGAGCCAAUGGAGGAGAAAGUGUUAACUUACAGGAGUCUACUCUGAAGAAGUGUUCUCAGCUCUUAGAGAAACUUGUAAAUGAGUAUUGCUUGGUUCUUUUUGCAACAACACAGAGUAUAAUGCAGAAAACCUCAAACUCCACGGAAGGUUCUUCCUCUGCCGUUAAGCGCCCGAGCGAUACGAGUGUGGACUACAGACCCUACCUCUGUAAGGCAUGGCAGCAGCUGGUCAAGCAGAGGGUGUUUUUCUCCAAAGACGAUGCUAAAGCCAGUAACCAAUUUUCUUUAGUUUCACGUAAUUUAAAAAGCAACACUUUAAAAAAACAUGUUUUUAUUAUUGGGGAAAGUGGGGUAGAAUUUUGUUGAUAUAUAUCAAAAUACUCUUGCAGGAUAUUAUGCAAGGUUUUAAAAGUCUUGAGAAAAAAAUAAAGAGGAAAAAGUCUUAAAUAGGCUAAAGUGAUUCAAUUCUGAAGUUUUAAACUCUAAAGGAAUUAACAUAACAGUAUUUCUACACAGUAUGGAUCUCUUAAACUAGUACAGUAAACCUCAGAAUUUGUUCAAGUUUACUCAAAGUGAUAUUAACAGUUAAACUAUAGAUUAAAUUUAUUUUAUUAUUUUUUA